UCGACGUGCGCGCUCUCGAGUCAAUGCGUCAGCUGUCAAGCUGUGAACGCGCGCGUCUGGCAGCAGCAGAAGCACUCACUACUAUGGACUUCCAACGACCACAACCGCUACUGCCUUCGAAUUUAGCAGAAGAAACUCCGCAAUGAAAUUCCAAAGUAAUAUCACCGCCAAGUGGCCGGCAAGAUGGCUUCUUCUUAGGGGAAAGUGGUUGAGAACAGAGUUUGAACUCAGUUAGAACGUAUAACAGAAGACUUGCUAAUAAGCUAGCUUUGGACUUGCACCGGCUUCGUUAGCUGCGGCUAGCUCGUUAGCCACAUAGCUCGAGCCGGAGGAGUGAUGCGAAGUAUCUAAUAGUUAUGAACAAUUAUGACUUAACAACUAGAAAAACGAAGCAAUGUUCACUGGAGGGACUAGUGACGACGGCUAAUAACAACAAUAAAAAGUGGCACACGGUAGAUGGCAAUGGGUGCGAGCGCUGUCACGACGUGAGCCCCAUGGAUGAAGCUGUGCUACCCGGGAUGUCGUCUGUCCAGACCGGACUGGAUGCGCUGGACGACAGGGGCGGGCUCCGGCUCCUGGAGGACCUCGACUGCUCGCCGUCGGGCGACGUUAACGGUGAUGGUCCGCUGUUCGAGAGACGGAAACGGUCGCGCUCCAACAGUUCCAGGCACCACUUCGGGGACGUGGUGGCCGAGCUGGGUCCCGAGGAGGUGCGCUGGUUCUAUAAGGAGGACAAGAAAACGUGGAAACCCUUCGUGGGACACGACUCGCUUAACAUUGAGCUCAUGUAUCGCAAGUUCUGCGAGUUCAAACCUGGUACGGCGAGCCCCAAGGUGGAAGACCAGGCAGUCAAUGGAGAACUGUCGAUGGAGACCCGGACCAUUGGCGUGGGAGGGGACAAGGCGUCUUUGGACACAACCACGCCAUCCACGACCACUGAUGAGAGAGACCCUGACGGCAUAGACGUCCGAGUGGAGCCAGUGUGUGUGCGGGGGGGACUUUAUGAGGUGGACGUUAUAGACAGGGGAUGCUACCCUGUUUACUGGAAGCAGCAAGACCACAUCCCGGUGCUGCGUGGCCAGUGGUUCAUCGACGGCACGUGGUUGCCCUUAGAGGAGGACGAGAGCGACCUCAUUGAAAGUGAGCACCUUAGCCACUUUCGUGGGCAGCAGAAGCAGGACACAUUCGACGCCAGCGACAUGGUUGUCAAGACCGUCGACAGCAAAGAUGUCCUCUCCCACCUGCCCCCUUUCUACCUCCCUUUUCUGUUCAAAUGGAGCGGAUAUCAGACGACCGCUAGAGCAACAUGUCACAAGCGAAAACGCUGCCAAGCCAUCCACAGCCUAAAGCUGAGUCGGACUCAUGUAGACUGGCACAGUGUGGAUGAGGUCUACCUCUACAGUGACGCCACCACGUCUAAAAUAGCUCGCACUGUGACACAGAAACUGGGCUUCUCCAAAGCCUCUAGUAGUGGAACCCGGCUGCACCGUGGCUACGUGGAAGAAGCAUCUCCGGAAGACAGACCACCACAGACCACGCAUAUAGUCUUUGUGGUGCACGGAAUCGGGCAGAAGAUGGACCAGGGACGCAUUAUUAAAAACACGGGAAUGUUGAGGGAAGGUGUAAGGAAGAUGGAGGAGAAGCACUUUUCAGAGCACAAUGAUGAGCAUGUGGAGUUCCUUCCUGUAGAGUGGCGCUCCAAACUGGCGCUGGAUGGAGAUACAGUGGACUCCAUUACACCAGACAAAUUGAGGGGCCUGAGAGACCUUCUCAAUAGCAGUGCCAUGGACAUCAUGUACUACAACAGUCCCCUUUAUCGUGAUGAAAUUACUAAGGGACUGACACAGGAGCUGAACAGACUUUAUAGUCUGUUCUGCUCGCGCAACCCUGAAUUUGAGGAGAGGCAGGGCAAAGUGUCCAUUGUGUCACAUUCGCUGGGCUGCGUGAUCACGUAUGACAUCAUGACGGGCUGGGAUCCCGUACGCUUCUGCCUUCAGGAGCACCACGCUGUGGAGGAGGAGCUACAAAUGCACUGGACGUCGUACGAGGAAAGACACCUGUUGGAGCAAUUGCGCCACACCAGGAACAGAUUACGAGAGCUGGAGAAUCAACUUUUAACACUGGAAGCCUCCAAACCAUCAGCGCCUCCUGCACUUAAAUUUAAGGUGGAAAACUUCUUCUGCAUGGGUUCUCCUUUGGCAGUGUUCCUGGCACUGAGGGGCAUCCGCCCCGGCACCAGUUGCCAUCAGGACCACAUCCUUCCCACAUCUAUCUGCAGCCGCCUUUUCAACGUCUUCCACCCAACAGACCCUGUGGCCUACAGACUAGAGCCCCUCAUCCUCAAACACUACAACAACGUUGCACCGGUGCAAAUACACUGGUGUAGUGCCACCAACCCGGCACCUUAUGACGAGGUGCGACCCACUUUCCUCAACCUCGCUAAGGAGCCAACAUCCGACACGGAGAGCAUCCCUAGUCCAAGCACUUCACCUGUACUCCCCAGGAGACACUAUGGAGAGUCCAUCACCAAUUUGGGCAAGGCCAGCAUCCUGGGAGCAGCGAGUAUUGGGAAAGGCAUUGGUGGCAUCCUCUUCUCCCGCUUCUCGCGUUCCAACAGCCAGCCCUCGGUCUCCUUGGGACUGGAGGGUGGGUCCAACACCGACGAAGAUGAGCAGCAGAAGCGCACCGAGAGCCAGUCGGCGUACGGCCUCUCCACCAUGACUCGGCCUACUUCACCCACUGCAGAUGUGUCAUUGGAGCUGGAACGUCGCAUUGACUUCGAGCUGCGCGAGGGCUUGGUGGAAAGUCGCUACUGGUCAGCCGUCACGUCGCACACGGGCUACUGGUGCUCACAUGACAUCGCCCUCUUCCUACUUACUUUCAUAUAUGAGCACAGGAAGACCAGCUCAGACCCUGGAGGAGACACCGCUGAACCUGACUGAAUGAGUCCCCCCUUAUCCUUAUUCUUAGAUUGAAAAACUAUUCACUUAUUUUUUAUGCACACAGAUAUUUUUCCUACGAUCCAGUUCAGUGGACUAAUAAGAUAACUUUGAUUAGUUUCAUUCCAGUUAGAGGCUGAGACGGGUGUGGAUUUUGACUUCUGCUCCCUCCUAUUCCCAGAGAGAUGGAUCCUAUUCCCUCCUUUUGCCCUCCCCUUUUUUUAAAUCACUUUUGUGAUUGGCUGGCUUUUGUGUUGCAUUCAUAAACAAACGUAAAGUUCAAGUUUCAAGCAGGGAACAUCUAAAUUGUUGAUAUACCGGUUGAUUUUGAGAUGUUUGUAUCUUGAAAGUGACUUGAGCUCCCUUUCCUGCCAGAUCUUGUGAUUUAUAGUGAAAUUCAUUCCCAACCUGAGGAAAUUCUGAAAAAAUCUGCCUUUAAUUUCACAACAGUGGAACCUCUAAAGUGAAACCUUACAUUCCAGUUUUUUUUACCAUAGAAUAUCAUUCACAGGGAACCAUUUAUUGCAGGAGGUACCUUAUUUAUCCAUCCAUGAUUGGUGUAAAACUGGCAUUCAGAGAGAACAGAUGUGAGGGGGAUGUUAAAAAAAAAAAAAAAAAACGUUUUACCACUCCCGCAACCAUAUAAACAUUACAUUUAUUAAGACAUUCUAAUUUAUUACUUUAAAAUGCCACAAAGUAGACUUACAAUUGGUAAAUUGUUCAUUAUAAAGUAAGAAGUUCCUUGGAGUGUCCUUUCGCGCAUCUAAUUGAACAUAUCCUGCAUCUAUAUGUGUCUAAUUGUAUAAAUAAGUUGCAUUUGAACACGUCACCAAACUUCAUUGAAACCAUAUCCUAUUUUGACAAGGCUUUACUGCUAUCUCGUGGCAUUUUAGAAUGUUAGAGAGGGUUUUCAGGAAAUAAUGGAGGAUAGGGUCCCUAAAACAAAAAUGUCCAAUAGCCAAUCAAUUUUUGUUCCUAUUUGCAUCCUAAAGCAUUCAUGAAAAGUCCACUUUAGAGGUUCUACUGUAUAAGCACAUUUAUAGUGGACUUAAUAAGACCUGAAAGAAUAGCCAUUAUGACCUCAGAACCACUGUAGCUGAUUAUCAUAGCAUCAGUGCUUCAACAUAUUACCCUGUACAAGCCAGUCUGGAGCCUUUGUGACAGUUACCUGUUGGAAUACAUUGGUUGACCUUUUGAAACUAGCCAAACAUUUUAUGGUGAACAUUUUUAUUCACCAUUUGCCAAUGUUACAUUUCUGUCAAUCAAGGCUGUCUUAAACGGAUGUUUGAUUACGACGCGACCGUCGUGUUUAAUGGUGAGUCAUCAAACUUUGCUGGCAUGUUCCACCCAUAUGCAAUGACCAAAACUCAACACUAUUGUAAUUUAGCAUUGCAUGGCUCUCCAUCAGUUGAGGUUCAAUUUCUGAAGCUGUUGGACUUCAUUCGAAAUACAAGUAAGUUUUUCUGAAAGUGACUUUGGAGAAUCAAAAUGGCCGCUUCGGACGUCCUGUGUCUUUUCAGGUGAAGCAUCUUGUGACUUUUUUGCCUACCAUAUUUCAUUUGUUGCUUGAUGGGCUGAAUUUUCGACAUUUUGAAAACUCCGUUUUUGAAGAACCCUUUGAGUUAAUACUCUCAAAUGGCUGCUUCAAGUCAAAAUGGCAGACUUACAUCUUUUUAUGCAUUACUUUUUUCUUCUUCCCAGGUAUAGUUAUGAUAGGGAUGCAGGCCAUAUUCAAUGUCACUGGGUGAAAGACCAUCUUUGAAGUGCCCCGGAAAAGGUGACAAAUGACUGGGGGGGGUGCAGACUUAUCUUUUCAGACGAGUUCAUAAGGCUUUUUUUUGUAAGUUAACUCCUGAUUGUUGUGUCUACCAAAUUUCAUUUGACCACGAAACUUGAUCGAGGGCCGAAUUUUCCAAGUCCGUCUUAAAAGGAAAGCAUAGUUUCUGUGCUGCUUGAGCACAAUCAAGGGCUUAUACGCAACUGUUUUUUUUUUUGUGGUGUCAUAGAUAAUAAUUGUGUGUGUGUCCUGUUGACUAAAAGCCACACUGCCUUUCUUGAUGAUAAAUCGAAGCACACCACUCGACUUUAUUUGAACUAUGAUAGUAUAUUUUCUACUAACAGAGGCACACUAAAUACUCCCUAUUAUUUUCACUGUCAAGCAAUAGUUGUCGUUGGAUGGGCUUGAGAGAAGGAUGUGUUUUGAAAUGUGAUUUAUGACCCCUCCUUCUAGUGCAAUAAAAUGCAAUUAAAAUGCCUGUAAAUGGAUCCUAACCUCCAACAAAAGCACUGUUAUUAUUUAUUCCCUGUCAUUAAAGGGCAUUCCUUAUUUUGGAAUACAAACAUUCAUCUCCUUUCAUUUGGUACUUUAAAUGAUACCUGAUUUCCAUCUUCCCAGUUUCAAUUCUUCGUUGCUUCCGUAGCUCUGUCCUACCUUAAAUCAUUUAAGUCUGACUUUUUGAAGACAAAGCAUACGUUUGUGGGCCAAAGAUUCUUUCCGAGCCACGAGAAGAACAACAAAGAGAUCUUCUCGACAGUCAAUGGGCCGCUUUGUGUCUGUGAAACAUCUGCUCGACUCGGAGGGGGCUCUUUGUACAGUCAAUGCUUUAAAAAAAAAAAAAAAAAAAUGUCGGAGCUGCUGUUUCCACUUUGGGCCUCAAGAGGUCAGCAAAGUAUAGUUAAUGAAGGGAAACAAUGGUUCGUAUUGACUUUGAGCCAUCUGCUCAAAGGCUGCUUCCAUUUAUGGCUCCUCUUUUCAUUCACGUGAAUUGUUAGAGGGGCAGGAGUUUUUACACAACAAGCUAUAUUUAACAAUAUAUUUAUAUAUAGUGGGCUAAUUUACUACAGCCCUGACCUCGACCAACUAUUGUCAAUUGGGGCAAUAGCUGAGGUACACUCUGGACUGGUUAUCAACUAAUUUGAUGAUCAAUUAAAAACUUGCACGUUAUACUCAAGAGUAGGAAAUUUGUACUAUACAAUUUAAGCAGAAUAAUACUGAAAUCAAGUGCUGUAUAUCGGUUGUAAUUCCAGUUGUUUUUUUAAUGUACAGUAACAAAUUUGUAAAAGCAAAAAUCUAUAUUGCUAGACUUUGGGCCUCCCUUCCAAUUCGUUUUGUUUUUUCCCUUUUUCCUUACAGUACUGUAUUCCUUCCAAACUUUCACCUCUCUAACCUUCUGUGUCAUCAUUGUUCCCUUCCUCUCCCCACUUCCUAUCCGUACUUCCUUUUUAUUAGACAUGUGCCGAUUACCGGUUUCAAGGUAUACCGUGGUAUGAAAACGUCACGGUUUUAAAAUUGCAAACAUUUUCCGUCAUACUGUCCCUAAUGUAUUAGCUAUUUUUAUGUCCCACAAUGCAGGGAGAAAUCCCUCGCUUGCAGCUACAAGGCUCAACCCUCCCCCACCGGUUGCUGCUCAGUGUCAGUGAGUAAGCUGUGCUACACGAUGGCUGGAGGAGGAGAAACUCCUGAACUUUUCCCCCCAUUGAAGAAAACGAAAUCGCUGGUAUGGGAAUACUUCGGCUACAUAAAAGUUUGAGGAGGAGGGCCAACCGACAUGUAAAACAUGUUUGCGGAAAGUGGCUGCCGAGGAGGCAAUACCUCCAUUAUGAUUUCACAUU